CGAAGGCGAAGGUCAGAGGAUGGACGGAAUCUGCGGCCGUCUGACCCGAGGACAAGGCGUGGCUCAAUGAGCACACGACGAGGGGUUUCUCUGCAACAGAGAGCUCUCGAGCUCCAUCGUUGCGGAAGCUCGACUAAACGCACGCAUACUCAUUGCCACACACUACGAACAACAACAACAACAAUCGCUUUUCGAUACAACGACAGCGAAAGAAACGCUCACUGAUUGCGCCAGCAGAUUGGGGCGUUCGGCGGUCGGGUGAGUGGUUCCGCGGACGUCGUUCGUAUUCGUGUUCGCUUCGCUGGAAGAUCGAUCGUGGACCACGGCUUCUUCUCGGCUCCAUCGGACUUGACUUCCGCUCGUUCAUUGCUGCGAGGACUCGAUACCAACAGAACUACGCAGCGAUGAGGUAGUGGGAACCACCGGGAGCGAAGAAGAAUGGCCGUGCUGCUAGACACCAGUUUGGGGGAGAUAGUCAUUGAUUUGAGGACCGAUCUCUGCCCGGCCACCUGCAAGAACUUUCUCAAGCUUUGCAAGAUCAAGUACUAUAACAACUGCAUUUUCCACGAUGUUAAGAAGGAUUUCAUUGCUCAAACGGGUGAUCCUACGGGCACAGGUGCCGGAGGAGAUUCCAUAUACAAACUUUUGUAUGGUGACCAAGCAAGGUUCUUCGAUGACGAAGUCCAUCCAAAGUUGACUCAUGAAAAGAUUGGGACCGUUGCCAUGGCAAGUGCAGGAGAGGACUUGAACGCUUCUCAGUUUUACAUCACAUUACGGCCAGGACUGGAUUACCUUGAUGGGAAACAUACUGUCUUUGGAGAGGUUGCCGAAGGACUGGAAACACUUAUGCGGAUUAACGAAGCCUAUGUAGACGAAAAGGGGCGUCCUUAUAAAAAUAUAAGAAUCAAACACGUGGCGAUUCUUGAUGAUCCUUUUGAUGAUCAACCGGGGCUUGCAGCUAUGAUUCCUGACAAGUCUCCUGAAUUAAAGCCACCUGCUGAGGGUGAGGAAGUAAGGUUAGAAGAUGAUUGGGUUCCGAUGGAUGAAAUGAUGGAUCCUGAAGAACUCGAUAAGUCCUUGCGCAAGAAAGAAGCUCAUUCGCGAGCUGUUGUGCUGGAAAUGAUAGGUGAUAUUCCAGAUGCCGAGAUGGCACCGCCCGAAAAUGUUCUUUUCAUCUGCAAGUUGAAUCCUGUGACACAGGAGGAUGAUUUGAGCACACUAUUUUCGCGAUUCGGGAAGAUAAUUUCGGCCGAUAUUAUUAGGGACUAUAAAACUGGAGAUAGUCUAUGUUAUGGCUUCAUUGAAUUUGAGACGAAGGAAGCCUGUGAAGCAGCGUAUCUUAAGAUGGACAACGUGCUCAUUGAUGAUCGCCGCAUUCACGUUGACUUUAGUCAGAGUGUUGCAAAACUGUGGACAAGGUUUCGCAAAUUUGGUUCAAAAGACACAAAUGAUCAAGGUCCGGAUGCCACACAGAAAGGUAAAGGAGGUGGUUGUUUCAAUUGUGGAGAAUUUGGUCAUCAGAAGAAGGAUUGUCCCAACGGACCUAAUGGAGCCAAAGGUGCUGCGCCGAAUGGAAAGCCAAAAUAUACGUUAAAGGAACCAGCAGGGCAGCGAGGAAGUCCUCGAAACAGAUACGAGAUGGUGUUUGAUGAAAACACCGAUGCCUCUGAUCCUGACAAGCCCGAUGGUCGAGGCAACAGGAGUUAUCAUCCGAAAAAUGAGAGGCCAUUCAAGCGUCCAUCAAAGGACGACGAUAAUGAGAAGAGAGCACGUCCGCGUUUGUCACCUAGGGAAAGAAACGAGGAUAGAAGUUAUCAGUCAGGAAUAGACGUAAGGAUGAGAGACAGGGAUGAGCCAAGAGUGGAUGAGAGGUCGAGAGGAAGAGAAGAUGACAAUGAGAGGAGGCCCAGACCACCUCCUCCUUCAUCAAGGGGAAGGUUCGAUGAGAGAGGUCACCAUUCCGGGAGAGAAGAGAGAUUCCGAGAGAGAGCUGAACCUAGACGAGAUGACAGAGGCGAUCAUAGAAGAGACGACAGAAGUGAACCUAGAAGGGAUGACAGAGGCGAUCCUAGAAGGGACGAGAGAUUUGAUUCGAGAAGAGAUGAGAGGGGCGAUGCCCGGAGAGAUGAGAGAAUGAGGGAGAAGGACGACGGUAGUGAGAGGAGGCCUCGCCCACCUUUGCCCAGAGAAAGACCUGAUGACAGACGGUAUCCUUCAGGAAGAGAUGAUAGGCCGAGAGAGAAAGACGACGAGAGGCUGCCAGUGUCACGGGAUAGAACGGAGGACAGAAGACAUCCUUCGGUAGGAAACGAGAAGUCUAGGGAGAAAGACGAUGAUAACGAGAAGAGGCUGGCAAUGUCGAGGGAGAGGACGGAGGAAAGAAGACAGAUAUCAGGAAGAGAUGAGAAGAGCCGAGAGAAAGACGAUGACACUGAGAAGAAGGUGCCGUUGUCUAGAACAGAGGACAGGAGAUACUCUUCGGCACGAGAUGACAGGCCGAGAGAUAAAUAUGAGGAUAGCGAAAAGAGGGCACCUUUAUCCAGAGAGAGGACUGAGGACAGAAGAUAUCCGCCAGGAAGAGAUUCCAAGGCACGAGAAAAAGAUGAAGAAAUAGAGAAGAAGGUCCUCCUGCCCAGGGAGAGGAUCGAGGAGAGGAGACAUCCACCCGGAAGAGAUGAGAAGCUCAAAGAUAAAGAUGAUGACUCUGAGAAGAGGCCAUCUCUGCCGAGGGACGGCAGACCGGAGGACAGACGGCAUCCAUCCGGAAGAGAUGAGAAGUCGAGGGAAAAGGAUGAAGAGACCGAGAAGAGGACCGCAUCGUCGAGGGAGAGAACUGAGGAGAGCAAGCCCCCACCAGGAAAGGAUGAGAAGCCCGGAGACAAUGAUGAAGAGAGCGAGAGGAGGGGCUCUUCUUCAAGGGAGAGAACAGAGGAGAGGAGAAACUUAACAGCAAGAGAGGAGAAGGCCGUGGAGAAAGAUAACGACAUAAACAAGAGGCCCCAGGCUUCGAGAGAGAGAGAGGAGGAGAGGAAGUACUCGUCGGGAAGAGACGAGAAGAGCGGAGAACGAGAAGACAGCGACAAAAGGGUACUGCCGUCGAGUGAGAAAACUGAGGAGAGGAAACACUCCUCAGGCAGAGACGAAAAGUCUGGAGAGAAAGACGACGACGAUAAGAGGGUGGCGCUGUCGAGAGACGGAGGUGAGGACGUCAGGUCCCCGCCAGUAAAGGAGAAGUCUCGAGAAAACGACGAGGACGAUGAGAAGAGGGGUGCAUUAUCCCGAGAGAGAACUGAGGACAGUAGAUACCCUCCGGCAAGAGAUGAGAAGUCCAGGGAAAAAGACGAGGACCACGACAAGAGAUCAGCCUUGUCUAGAGAGAGAUCUCAGGACUUGAAGCCUCCUCCGGGACGGGAGCCUUCCAAGGAGAAGGUUGUAGAGAAAGAUGAGGAUUUGAGUCUGGCGGCGACGGAUAGGAACGAAGAUAGAAGACCCGAGGUAGUGAGAAGCGAGAAAUCGAAGGAGAGAGACGAGGAUAAUGAGAAGUCGACGGUAUCGCGCUCCCAGUAUUCGAAGGAUAGGAACGAGGACAGGGAGGGGAGGCCCGCUGGAAGAGAUGACAGGUUCCAGAGAGAGAAGAUGAGAGGAAAAGAAGAUGUUAGGAGAGAUGAUCGGUCGAGAGAGAGAGACGAUGAUGUCGAUAAGCGGGCACGCCCUCCCAUAUCAUCCUCGCGGGAUAGAAAUGACGACAAGAGUUAUCAGCCGAGAGAAGAGCGAUUUAGAGAGAAAGGAGAUUCCAGAAAAGACGACAGGUUUACCGAGAGAGACGACGACAUGGACAAGAGAGGACGCCCUUCUUUGCAAAUGAGAGACAGGACUGACGAGAGGAACCAUUAUCCUGGAAGGGAUGAUAGGGCUCGGGAAAGAAUCGAUGACGGUGAUAGAAGAGCACGCCCACAGUUUUCAUCGAGGGAGAAAGUGGAGGACAGAGGUGUUCAUCCAGGACGAGAUGAGAGGCCGAGAGAGAAAGAUGAUGACAGUGAGAGAAAACCUCGCACGCAGUUUUCAUCAAGGGAGAGACUAGACGAUCGAGUGCCCCAGCCCCCUCCAGGAAGAGACGAGAGACCUCGAGACAAAGACGAAACGGAGAAACGAGCCCGUGCGCAGGUGUCCUCGAGGGAUAGAAUGGACGACCGGAGUUACUACUCAGGAAGGGACGAGAGGCCUAGGGAGAGAGCUGAAGAGGACAGGCGAGAUUAUGACCGUAGACACAAGACUAGUCGAUAAGUGUACUUUUGCCGUAAAUUGAUUUUUGCCAGUCGCAGCCCUGAUUGAAACGAUUUUUAUGUUAUUGAUACA